AUGGUUAAGGUUGGAAUUGCUGGUGCUGGCUCUGCUCUUGGCCGUGAGGUAAUAGAUAUUCUCGUCGAAGGAGGUCAGCACGAAAUAAUGGCCCUUGUCAGAAAGGAUCCUGCAAACUAUCCCCAGCAACCCAAUGUCAAUUGGAUUCAGAUAUCCUACGAGGAUAAAUCGGAGCUUGUAAAGCACCUUCGGGGAGUUGACGUUGUUCUCAACUUUAUCGUGGUUAACGAAGACGCUGAAAAUACAGUCGGCAAAUUCGUCAUUGACGCUGCCGUAGCUGCAGGUGUAAAGCGAUAUGCGCCGAGCGAAUGGGCGACUGGUCAGAAACUCCGCGACGCAAUCGACAGUCUGGGUUUCUACCGUAGCAAGCUUGCCAUUCAAGAAUAUCUUGAAGAAAUCAACAAAGACAGGAAGGUCAUCGAGUACACCUUGUUCCAGCCAGGCAUAUUCCUUGACUACCUCGGUCAUCCCCACAAGCGGCUUAAAUAUCUCUACUCCAUGGAUUCACCAUGGCUUGUGAGAGAGAAUCGCAUCGUGUCGGUCAAAGGCUCUGAAGACAAGCCACUGACCUUCACCGCCGCCCGGGAUAUUGGUCGGAUUGUCCGACGCGCAAUUGAGUAUGAAGGCGAGUGGCCUCGAAUUGGGGGAAUAAUGGGCAAUCAAGUCACCCCACAGCAAUUGAAGCAAAUCGUCCAGAGAGUUACAGGCAAACCCACGGAACUUCAACUGACUGACCCGGCUGACCUAGAGGCUGGUGUCUUGGCUGUUGACCUUCCUGUCAUGGCCCAUCCCGCUAUGACAGAUGAGAUGAGAACAGUGUACCAUGUGCCUCUUUGGGUGGGCAUGUUGCGCUCGACGGCUCUUGGAGCUUGGACUGUUUCUGAUGAGUGGAACAAAAUCUUCCCUGACUACAAGUUUGUCGCAGUUGAAGAUUACAUCAAGGAGGUAUGGGGUAAGCAGAAAUAA